AUGCCAGUCACUCUAUUAUGUAAACAAAUUCAUCAUCUUGAUUCCACCAACUUUCAAGUAGAGAUGGGCAACAUUCGUUCAUUUCUACUCUUCAUUUGCAUCACUCUGAUUCAUCUCUUCGCUAUCAAUGGCGAAGUUGCUCCAGAAGAAACAUUCCAGACAAUCACAGUUGGUGGUGGUGGUGCUCCAUUGACAGAACCACUACUAGCCACCGGUGGUUUCCAGAGUGACCGACUAGCACAAGCCUAUAAAGUAAUCCAAGCAUUCAAGAAGAAGGUGACAUACGAUCCCAAAAACUAUACAAAAACAUGGGUGGGAAAAAACAUAUGCAGAGAUUACAAAGGGUUCAUUUGUGACGUAGUACCGGAUCUUAACAAAACCACCGUCGCCGGAGUCAACUUCAACAACAACAACUUCAAUGGCCCUAACCUAACCGUUAGUGAACUCUUAAUCGGUUUAAAGGAUCUCGCUUUCUUCCAUGCAAACUCUAACAACUUCACCGGCAUCAUUCCCUCCGAUAUAAGCAAACUCCGGUUCAACACUUUUCUCGGAGGAGUUCCUCCGCAGGCUUUCCUUCUCCAACUCGACUUGCUCUUCAUCAACAACAACAACUUCAAGCAAACACUCCCCAAGUACCUUGGUUUUACGCCGGCGCUUUAUCUAACCCUGGCUAACAACAAAUUCGUCGGUGGAAUCCCUAGGAGCAUUGGUAGAGCUGCCAAUACCUUACGGGAGGUUCUUUUCUUGAACAACAAGUUAAACGGUUGUUUGCCAUAUGAGAUCGGACUUCUGAAGAAAUCCACAGUGUUCGACGUGGGAUUCAACAAUCUAACAGGCCCAAUCCCACACUCGUUUCAGUGCUUAAAGAAAAUGGAACUUCUGAACUUGGCUCACAAUAAGUUCUACAACGAGGUGCCGGAGGCCGUGUGCAGCUUACCAGGGCUAUAUAAUUUCACUGCAUCGUAUAAUUAUUUUACUCAGGUUGGGCCACAGUGUCGGAAGCUGAUCAAGAACGGGGUGCUUAAUGUCAAGAUGAACUGCAUUUCGGGUCUCCCAAAUCAAAGAUCACAGGCUGAUUGUGCUAAAUUCUUCUCAAAUCGUCCUACUUGCCGACGUGAAAAAUCUUUGCAUUAUGUACCUUGCACCAGAGGGAACUCUGCUAAUGAAUUGGAGUCCUCCGAUCUUGAGUCAACUACUCCAGCGCCGGCGCCCGCUCCACUAGGGAGAAGUUAUGGUGCUCUUACGCCGCAUUAA